UGUGAAAGAGGAAAAAAAAGCGAAAACUUAAAGAUUGCUGUGAGGACACGUUGUCUCCGUGAGACCUAACUUUUCUUCUUCUUCUUGUUCUUCAUCUUCUGGUUCUAAAUUUUGUAUACUUUCCUUCUAAUGGCGGAGGUAAUCAGCAAAACGAGUUUGUUCUUCGGAGGAGCUUGUGUGAAGAAUCACCACAACCACGUAGAUGACUUCUCUGUCUCAUCGUCAUCGGUGAGCUUUGGUUUCAGAAAGAGUUUCUCGUCUCUCAAGCAGAAGCCUCUUAGAAGUGACUUCUAUGGAAAACAGAUCCUGGAUACUCAAUCACAGACCUUCAACAGGCGCUUCCCAUCAUCAUCCAUCACCGCUCAGUCAACGCUGAGGAUUGGGACAGCUCACAAGUGGUGGGAGAAAGGUCUGCAAGAGAACAUGAGAGAGAUCUCUUCGGCUCGAGACCUCGUCGACUCUCUCACCAACGCUGGCGAUAAGCUCGUCGUGGUUGAUUUCUUCUCCCCUGGCUGCGGAGGAUGCAAGGCUCUGCAUCCUAAGAUGUGCCAGCUGGCGGAACAGAACCCCGACGUGCAGUUUCUCCAGGUGAAUUACGAGGAGCACAAGUCCAUGUGUUACAGUCUCGGUGUCCACGUCCUCCCGUUUUUCCGGUUCUACCGUGGCGCUCAGGGUCGUGUCUGCAGCUUUAGCUGUACCAAUGCUACGAUCAAGAAGUUUAGAGAUGCAUUGGCGAAGCAUAGUCCGGAUAGGUGCAGCCUUGGACCAACGAAAGGGCUUGAAGAGAAAGAGCUCGUGGCACUUGCAGCCAACAGAGAACUCAAUUUUAGUUACACACCGAAGGUUGUACCUGUUGAGAGAGAAGCGGUCAUCCCUGCUUCGAAACCAGGAGUUCCUGUUCGUCAUCAAUCGAUGAGCGGCAGUGACGAGAAGACAUUGGUCUCCGCAGGAAGAUGAUAUGGUUCUUCUGAGAGUGAAUAAAUCUUUCUCUGUACAGUUUGUCUGAUUAGUAGUACUAGCUAGUAGCAGCAACUGGAUGUAUAUAUUACAGUUGUCUGUUCUUGAAGCAGCCGGUUUAUUUUUGUGGGGUUCCCCUGAGCAUAACCGGUCUAAUGGGGUUUCCUAGAGCAAGACCAAUUCCGAGUGGUUCUAGAGUGUUUUGCUCAGCUCUUAUGGGAGUGGAAGGUCGUGCGCUUGGGCACCAUGGAAAGCUUUCUACUUAACUUCAAUCAGUUCAGUAGGACUAGUUCUGUUUCUUUGCUUUUAAGGUAUUUGUAUGCAAGUGAAAAUUAUGAUACAAUUGUCAUUCAGGAAUCAGGAUGGCAUACUCUCUAUGGAUUGAUAUUUUAUUUAAUGUCAAUAAUGUCUUUUGUUAAGCUUA